AUCGUCAGCACUGCCAACAGCUGCAGAUAGAAAUAGAAAGAUGAAGUUCAUGGGAGUAUUUGUGUUCCUGCUUAUUUGGGGCGUUGUCACGUGUGACGAUCAUGCUCCUAACGCAGUCAGCUAUUCCGCGAAGACAUUUGCAACUGAAGUAGACAAAAUGCGACAUUUUGUAAUGUUUUAUGCGCCGUGGUGUGGCCAUUGUAAAAGACUUUCUCCAGUCUGGGAUGAAUUGGCUCAGUUUUUUAACAAAGACUUUGCAAUGUCCAAACUUGUCAUUGGAAAGGUGGACUGUACUGUGGAGACAGCUCUGUGUGCAGAUCAGGACGUAACUGGGUAUCCAACUCUAAAAUAUUUUAAGAAAGGAGCUUCCAGCUUAGAGUCAGUGCGAUUCCGUGGUAACAGAGGUCUGCGAGAAUUCCAGGAUUUUAUAGAAGAACAGUUCAUACUGGAGGAAGACAGUACGCAGAUGGAAAAGCAGAAACCGAUUGAACCUGAAAAGGCCCUAGGUCCUCUCGUGGAACUUACAGACGAAACUUUUGAGAAGGAAAUUGCUACUGGAAACACUUUUGUGAAGUUUUAUGCACCUUGGUGUGGUCACUGCAAAUCACUUGCUCCAACAUGGGAAUUGCUGGCUCAGGAGUUUGAACAUGAGAGUUCUGUAACAAUAGCAAAGGUUGACUGCACACUUCACAAAACAACAUGUAACAAGCAGAAUAUCCACGGAUAUCCAACACUUGUGUUUUUCAGGAAUGGAGAGAGAGAUCAGGAGUAUUCAAAAAGAGAUUUAGACAGUUUGAAAAAAUUUGUAAUCAGCAUGGUUGGGAAAGAAAUUAAAAGCGGUGAUGAAACAGAAGGGAAAAUACCAGAGGAUAUUCCUAAAGACCAGGAGGAUGAAAUUGUGCCAACUGUUUUCCCUCUUGAUCAGGAAACAUUCCCAGAAGUUGUUGCUGAUGGAGUCACUUUUGUGAAAUUCUACGCACCAUGGUGUGGACAUUGUAAAAGACUAGCCCCUGUCUGGGAUGACCUCUCAACCAAAUUUAUUGGCAGCAGUUUUAUUAGACUGGGAAAGGUGGAUUGUACAGUAGAAAAACUGCUAUGUAAACUUCAUAAGGUUCGUGGUUACCCAACAUUACUACUGUUUAGAGACGGCGAGAUGGUGGCAGAGUACAGUGGAGCCCGCGAUGUCGGAUCUUUGGAAGCUUUUGUCAACAAUAAUAUUGAAGCUAAGAAUCGGGAUGAACUUUGAAAUUUUGAUUUCAGGUGUUCAAAACGUUGAAGGAACUUGAAUGCUUGGGUGCAUAUGAGAAGGAUGUUGAUGCAGACAUGUAGUUAAGUGUGUAUCGUUGAAUGUGAAUUUAUCCUUUAUCCAUAACUGUUGAUGUAUAUGAUGGUUAUAUGUAGUGCAAAGUUUACAGUCUGUACAGGGAAACACUCACCAGGGGUUAUUUUCGUCUUUCCAUCAAAAUAUUUCAAAUGUUUCAAAUAUUUGUCUUUGUCCAGUGUUAAAUUUGCUCUAACAGCAUAAUAGCUUAUAUUUCAGCUUUGAUUUAAAACUCUAUUCGCCAUGUUAUUUUUACUUAUCGACAAAAGGGGGAUAUUUGUCGAAAUUAUAUUGUAGGUGAGGUUUCCCUGUAUAUAGUUAAACCUGGUGUAUGUGAGACCUGACGUUCAACAGUAUUAUUUUUGUGUGUAAUAUAAGAUUGUAUUGUGGGAGAUAUAUGGCGGUGUUGAUAAGUGCUAGAUUUGUUAUAACUCUGGGAGGGAAUUACCCCCCUGGUAGAUUGUAAUUAAACAAGCUGUAUGCAGCUGUAGAUUUUUAUAGUGAUAGGUUCAUAUUAAUUGGUUACUAGGUAUAUGUGUGAGGACUUGCGGGACUAUAUAUUUUUCUGUAGGAUAAAUGUCAAUAGGUUGAAAAUUACUAUUUUGAACGGGUGAAGAUUUUUUGUAGGAUGUAAACAAAUACUUUUGUGUGUACAUGUAAUUAUAAGUUCAAAUUAGAAGAUAUGACUUUCUGUAGGAAGGUUAAGCAAGGUUAAGAUAACCAGUUUAGUUUGUUUUGUUUAUUGUUGCUUGAUGUCCUAUUAACAUCUGGGCUGGUUUAUGGACGUGCCACUUUUGAGAGGUGGAGGAAAGCCAUAAUUUCAGAGAAAAAACACUGACAUGUAUACAGCCAAUACCUAGCAAGUGCCCCAUGUAGGCCUUACACCCACAAACCCAGAGGUGGAGGACUAGUGAUAAAGACAGCCAGACAUCUUAAGCGCUCAGGCAAACCCAGAGGUGGAGGGCUAGUGAUAAAGACAGCCACACAUCUUAACCUCUCAGGCAAACCCAGGGGUUGAGGGCUAGUGAUAAAGACAGCCAGAUAUCUUAACCACUCAGGCAAACCCAGAGGUGGAGGGCUAGUGAUAAAGACAGCCAGAUAUCUUAACCACUCAGGCACUGCAGCCCCAUUAGGAUAAUCAGUGCCAGUAUCAGACUUUGGUUAAGGAUAUGUGCUAAUGUGUAGUGGGGUGAAGGAAAUUAGCAUAUGUCAAAAAUGGACUUUAAGUAAAAAAUUGCUAUUUUUUAUUUAUUUACAUUUGCUCUCCAAUACAUAGCUUAUGCAAUAUAUGUUGUGGACUUACAUCACCAUUGAUCAUGUGACCACCAGUUGAUCAUGUGACCGUAAGUUGAUCGUGUGAUCAAAUAUUGUGAAAUUAUAGGUCUUCGUUUUACAACAUGGACAUAGCUUUUCCCAGAACUUUACAUAAUGACAUUAGGAGACUAAUAAGCUAAGCAUAAUAACAAUAUUAAAACAGUAUCUAGAUAAAAUGAAAAAUUUAGUAAACAUUGUUAUUGUCUUAAUAUGACAUUACUAUCUGACAUAGUAUACUACAAAUUGUAAACAUUGGUGUACCUGUCAAAGUUGAAAGUGCAUCUGAAAUAUGACUUAUAUGAGUGUUUUAUAAAAAUAUUUCUGAAAAUUGUGCUUACGAGUGAAUGAACAAUGUGCCCAUUAUAGUUUUUUUUCCAUCCUUAUAUGGGUAUUUUUGUACAUGCAUGUCCUUAUAAGGAAUGUUGAUAAAGCCAUAAUUUUUGUGCUAUAUAUCUAUGUAUAGAUAUAUGGACUCCAAAAGAACCGUUCUUUUUAUUGUUCUACAUGUAUUUACAGAUUUACCCUUAUGAGGACAUGUAUAUAUAUAUAUAUAUAUAUACAUGACCAUAUCAGAACUAUAACAAAACCAUCUUUGUAUUGACUGAUUUAUGGAUAUGCCCUUAUAAGGACUUGUCCAUAUUUGAAUGCAAUUUAAUUUUGUUUCCCAUUAAUGUCUUUGCUAUAAUAUUUUCUUUUCUUCAUUUCUUUUUCUUUAUUUUUGUUUUUGCUUGUUCUUUUUCAAAAAUUGCUGCAUUUUCAUCAUAACUAUUAGUUAUGGUUACUUUUUUGUGUUUAUCAUUAAAAUUACUUUUCUCCUAUUUAAUUAUUUUUGUGUGGAUGUGAUCAGGUAAUAAUGCUGUUUAAUGUUCAACUUGAGAAAUAUCAGAUAUGUCAUACAUAAUGUACUGAUAACAACAACAAACAGAUCACAAUUGCUGACAGGGAAAUCAGUUCCGUCUACAUACCAUAGGACAAGGAGCCAAACUGCUACAUCUAGCACUGUAGAAGUCAAAUCUGCUAUUCUUAUUUUCCAGAGUUUUGUGAAAGAUAUAUAAUCAUAAUGAGAUAAGGUAUUUUUCCCAUCAAACAAUUAGUCUGAUGGUAGAGCUGGAAUAUUUUACUACUGUACAAAGUAAAUACACUGUAUCAAGAUCUAUAGGAUGAAGUUACAAAAUGGCAAAAAUUGUUCAGUUUAGUGUUGACUACUCCAUUUGUCCAGAGACAGUGUGUUAACUCUUGAGAGACAGUGUAUUAACAGGUCUGUCUAGAUAACUCUAGAGAGACUGUGUAUUAACAGGUCUGUCUAGAUAACUCUAGAGAGACUGUGUAUUAACAGGUCUGUCUAGAUAACUCUAGAAAGACAGUCUGUUAGCUGGUCUGUCUAGAUAACUCUAGAGAGACUGUGUGUUAGCUGGUCUGUCUAGAUAACUCUAGAGAGACAGUGUGUUAGCAGGUCUGUCUAGAUAACUCUAGAAAGACUGUGUGUUAGCAGGUCUGUCUAGAUAACUCUAGAGAGACAGUGUGUUAGCAGGUCUGUCUAGAUAACUCUAGAAAGACUGUGUGUUAGCUGGUCUGUCUAGAUAACUCAAGAGAGACUGUGUAUUAACAGGUCUGUCUAGAUAACUCUAGAGAGACUGUGUAUUAACAGGUCUGUCUAGAUAACUCUAGAAAGACAGUCUGUUAGCUGGUCUGUCUAGAUAACUCUAGAGAGACUGUGUGUUAGCUGGUCUGUCUAGAUAACUCUAGAGAGACAGUGUAUUAACAGGUCUGUCUAGAUAACUCUAGAAAGACAGUCUGUUAGCUGGUCUGUCUAGAUAACUCUAGAGAGACUGUGUGUUAGCUGGUCUGUCUAGAUAACUCUAGAGAGACAGUGUGUUAGCAAGUCUGUCUAGAUAACUCUAGAAAGACUGUGUGUUAGCAGGUCUGUCUAGAUAACUCUAGAGAGACAGUGUGUUAGCAAGUCUGUCUAGAUAACUCUAGAAAGACUGUGUGUUAGCAGGUCUGUCUAGAUAACUCUAGAGAGACUGUGUGUUAGCUGGUCUGUCUAGAUAACUCUAGAGAGACAGUGUGUUAGCAGGUCUGUCUAGAUAACUCUAGAGAGACUGUGUGGUAGCUGGUCUGUCUAGAUAACUCUAGAGAGACAGUGUGUUAGCAGGUCUGUCUAGAUAACUCUAGAGAGACUGUGUGUUAUCUGGUCUGUCUAAUUAACUCUGGUGAGAUAGUGUGUUAGGUGUUCUACAUAAAUAACUCUAGAGGAACUGUGUGUCUGGAGCUGAUCUUCUUUGAAGUUUGCCUUGAAAAACAAUGGAGAAAUGUAUUCCUAUACAAAGAGAGAUCAAAUUCAGCAUUCUCUAAGUGUGUUUGAGGGGUACAAAAAUAUCUGCAUGAACAUUCCCAUUACAAUGUGUUCACCUGAUGUACUUAUCCAUAAAUCUUUUUACAACAUACAUUACUUAAUGUGAUAUGAAAUUAUUUGAUAUUGAUUUGUGUCAUAUUGGAUUUGAGGGUCUUUGACGAAAAUAUUGUUUAUAAAAUCUCAAAAUUUAUAUAAGUUUGAUCAUCAAAUCAAAAGUAAUCAGAGAUAAAUUUGUGAUCCUUGUCUUUAUUUAAGUUUGCUCAGUUAUCAGUAGUCAUGUUUAUCAAUUACCUGGUGAUAUCUUGCUACUAAUGUAACACCUAUUUUUAUUAUGGGAGUUAGAUAUUUUGAUAAGAAAGAAUCAGUAUAAAAUGAGGAUUAAUUUCUAAAUAAACAAUAUAAAUACACUU